CAGACGGACAUAAUGAGCGAGCCGUGGUUUGUGUGGAUGCUGGUGGGAUGUAUAGGCGGCACUUUGUGGCUGGCGCUCUGUGUGUUCAGUAUCUGGCUCUUCCGGCGCCGCAGGAGGAACAAGAAGAAGAUGGCGCAGAACGGGAUGUAUAGCGAGCGUACGGCGGCCUACAGUCGGACCUGACCAGCCUGCUGGAGUGUGGUGGCCACAAGGAGGGCGGUGGAGUGGACAGUGGUCAGCAACAGGUGUACAGCUCGGCCACGUCCAUGCCCCAGAUGAAGACGUUCUACCAGCGGCCCGGUCAGUCGGUGGCCUCGUCUGUGGCCCCUUACGCCACCACCACGCUCAUCAACAAGGGGGUUAACCCCACACCCAGGCCUAGCCAGGCUAGUGUGAGUUCUCCCUCUUUUUACACCUUACCGCUUUAAAAA